AUGAAGCUCGGGUGGUUGGAAGCUGCCGUCCUGACGGCUUCGGUCGCCGGUGCCAGUGACUUGGCAUACUCUCCCCCUUACUACCCUUCGCCUUGGUCGACUGGUGCAGGUGACUGGGCUGAUGCCCACAGGCGCGCCGUCGAGUUCGUGUCGAACCUGACUCUCGACGAAAAGGUCAACCUGACUACUGGUGCUGGUUGGGAACAAGAACGAUGUGUCGGUGAAACCGGUGGUAUCCCCAGACUUGGAAUGUGGGGAAUGUGUAUGCAGGAUUCACCCCUCGGUAUUCGCGACUCUGACUACAACUCGGGUUUCCCCGCCGGUAUCAAUGUUGCUGCGACAUGGGACAAGAGACUCGCCUACCAGCGUGGUAUGGCGAUGGGUGAGGAACACCGCGACAAGGGUGUGGAUGUUCAGCUGGGCCCCGUUGCUGGUCCCUUGGGCAAGAACCCCGACGGUGGCCGUGUCUGGGAAGGAUUCUCCCCGGAUCCCGUCCUUACCGGUGUGAUGAUGGCCGAGACCAUCAAGGGUAUGCAAGAUGCUGGUAUCAUUGCUUGUGCCAAGCACUAUAUAGGUAACGAGCAAGAGCACUUCCGGCAGGCAGGCGAGGCCCAGGGCUAUGGAUACAACAUCACUCAGAGUGUCAGCUCCAACAUUGAUGACAAGACCAUGCACGAGCUGUACCUCUGGCCCUUCGUCGACUCAGUCCGUGCCGGCGUGGGAUCCGUCAUGUGCUCCUACAACCAGAUCAACAACAGCUAUGGUUGCUCCAACAGCUACACGUUGAACAAGUUGCUCAAGGGCGAACUCGGCUUCCAGGGCUUUGUCAUGAGUGAUUGGGGUGCGCAUCACAGUGGUGUCAGCGAUUCUCUUGCUGGCUUGGACAUGUCUAUGCCCGGUGACGUUCUCCUGGGUAGCCCUUACUCAUACUGGGGUACCAACCUGACCAUCUCCGUGCUGAACGGGACUAUUCCCGAGUGGCGUGUGGAUGAUAUGGCGGUCCGUAUCAUGGCUGCCUACUACAAGGUCGGCCGUGACCGUUACCGCACUCCUCCCAACUUCAGCUCUUGGACCCGCGACGAGUACGGCUACGAACACUUCAUGGUCAGCGAGAACUACGUCAAGCUCAACGAGCGCGUCAACGUUCAGCGCGACCACGCUGAUGUGAUCCGAAAGAUCGGCUCCGACAGCACUGUGCUGCUGAAGAACACUGGCGGUCUGCCUCUGACUCACCAAGAGGCCAUGGUUGGAAUCAUCGGCGAGGAUGCUGGCUCGAACCCCUACGGUGCAAACGGCUGCUCUGAUCGCGGGUGUGAUAACGGUACCUUGGCUAUGGGCUGGGGCAGUGGCACUGCCAACUUCCCUUACCUGAUCACUCCUGAACAGGCCAUUCAGAAUGAGGUUUUGACUUACAGCGCUGGCAAGACCAACGUCUUCUCUGUUACCGACAAUGGCGCUCUGGAACAGAUGGCCGACAUUGCCUCGCAGUCUACCGUCGCCCUGGUCUUCGUCAACGCCGACUCUGGCGAGGGCUACAUCAAUGUCGACGGCAACGAGGGUGACCGCAAGAACAUGACUCUCUGGAAGAACGGCGAGCAGGUCAUCAAGACUGCUUCCGCGAACUGCAACAACACCGUCGUCAUCAUGCACACUCCCAGUGCCGUUCUCAUUGGCGACUGGUACGAGAACCCCAACAUCACCGCUAUUCUCUGGGCUGGCCUGCCUGGCCAGGAAAGCGGACGCAGCUUGGUCGACAUCCUGUACGGCCGUGUCAACCCCGGUGGCAAGACUCCUUUCACGUGGGGCAAGACCCGCAAGGCCUAUGGUGCGGCUAUUCUCACAGAGCCCAACAACGGCAUUGAAGCUCCUCAGGACGACUUCAACGACGGUGUCUUCAUUGACUACCGCCGCUUCGACAAGGAUGGCGAGGAGCCCAUCUACGAAUUUGGUCACGGUCUGAGCUAUACCAGCUUCGAGUUCUCUGACUUGGAGAUCACCGCCUUAAACGCCGACAAGUACCAUGCCACCAUCGGCAAGACCAGGAAGGCCCCUGUCCUCGGCAAGGUCGGCCAGGCUUCUGACUACCUGUUCCCCAGCGGCAUUAAGCGUGUCACCCAGUACCUCUACCCGUGGCUCAACUCGACCAACCUCAAAGAGUCUUCCGGUGACCCCGACUACGGCAUGAAAACCGAGGACUAUAUUCCCGCCGGCGCCACUAACGGCAACCCUCAGGAGCUUCUGCCCGCCAGUGGACCCUCGGGAGGCAACUCUGGUCUCUUCGACGAGCUGAUCCAGGUCCGCGCCACCAUCACCAACACCGGCUCCGUCACCGGUGACGAAGUCCCUCAGCUUUACGUGGCCCUUGGUGGUGAUGAAGACCCAGUUCGUGUCCUGCGUGCCUUCGACCGUGUCACCAUCGCCCCCGGCCAGCAGCUGCAAUGGACAGCCACUCUCACUCGCCGCGACCUGUCCAACUGGGACGUUGCCGAGCAGAACUGGGUUGUCAGCAGUGCCCAGAAGAAGGUGUACGUUGGCAGCUCAUCGCGCAAGCUGCCUCUUUCGGCCGACCUGCCUACCGUGCAGUAA